AUGAACCACAGCAGCUGCAGUAUCACAGCCUAUGAAAACUUUCCACUUGUCCAGCUGUGUGUUUACAUCCCAGUUUUGCUUUUGGGCAUUUUGCUGAACGUGUUGGCGCUGUGGGUGUUCUGCUGCAAACUCAGGAAAUGGACAGAAACCAGAGUAUACAUGGUCAACUUGGCUGUGGCUGACUGCUUGCUGCUCUUUACUUUGCCUUUUAAAACUUUAUCCCAGUUCCAUCAGCUGAAGGUGGGUAAAUGGUGCCUGGUUCUGGAAGGUGGCUAUUUCAUAAACCGCUUAAUGAGCAUUGGUAUCAUCACUGUCGUAGCAGCUGAUAGGUACCUUGCCAUCAAGUACCCUUUGAAAGCCAAGAAGACCCAAAACAAGUACAGCCAGCGGUAA